CUGCCUCUCUUCUUCUUCAAAAAAAAAGGAACGAAACGGAAUGAAAAUCAUUUGAGGUUUUCCCGGGGGGGGAAAAACACAACAUUUAACGAUUGAAAGCAGAUUUUUUUUUGUAUUUUUAUUUUUUGUUGUACUUAUGCGUAUUUUUGUUGUUGUUGGCUCUCUCAAUAUAUCGUUGUGUCCGGAUGCCUCGCCUCCCGAGCCGCGCUGCAGCAACUCCGUUAAAUUAUAAAGAGUAAAAAAAAAAAAAAUGAAAAUGUGCAAAGCAAAUGAUACCGUAGGAGCGCACUGCCGAUGCUCUUGGAUUUAACAGCUGGUACCUGGACACAACAACAACGAUUCAGUCAAACUUAUGGCGUGAAGGGCCCGUUCUUGGCCUUCGUCACUCACAGCUCAUGGAUGUCUUUACCCAGUAUGCCUACAAUGACAGUUUCAAUGACAAUGACACGUGGGGCUUCAACGCCACGGAUCAGGAGCAGAAGCACCCGUACAACUACUACGCCAUGCUGCUCACUCUGCUCAUCUUCGUCAUCGUCUUCGGCAACGUGCUGGUGUGCAUCGCCGUGUCCAGAGAGAAGGCGCUGCAGACCACCACCAACUACCUGAUAGUCAGCCUGGCCGUGGCCGACCUCCUGGUGGCCACGCUGGUUAUGCCCUGGGUCGUCUACUUAGAGGUAGUGGGAGAGUGGCGCUUUAGCAAGAUCCACUGUGACAUCUUCGUCACUUUGGAUGUGAUGAUGUGUACAGCCAGCAUCCUCAAUCUCUGUGCAAUCAGCAUCGAUCGUUACACAGCAGUUGCGAUGCCGAUGCUGUACAAUACCCGCUACAGUUCCAGGAGACGGGUCACAGUCAUGAUCUCUGUGGUGUGGGUGCUAUCUUUCGCCAUAUCAUGCCCCUUAUUGUUUGGCCUAAAUAACACAGCUACUCGUGACGAGUCUCUCUGUGUGAUCGCCAAUCCGGCCUUCGUGGUGUACUCUUCCAUAGUGUCCUUCUAUGUUCCCUUCAUCAUCACUCUGCUGGUUUAUGUGCAAAUUUAUGUGGUCCUGAGGAAGCGCAGGAAACGUGUCAACACCAAACCGAAGCAACGCGUCUGUCAGGCUGCCCCGACUGAUGUGGCCACUUCGCUGAAGGAUAAGUGCACUCAUCCAGAGGAUGUGAGGUUAUGCACCAUGAUUGUUAAAUCGAAUGGGAGUCUUCCUGUCAACAAGAAGAAAGUGAUAUUCAUUAAAGAUGACGUUCACGAGGGAGAAGAUCUGGAGCUGGAUGAGCUGAACAACAGUGGAAGCAGCCCGAAGCAACAGAAGCAGCAGCCACAGUGUGCUCUCGAAGACACUCGGGCCUCCAGCCACCAGCAACUCACACCCAACAAGACCAACGCGAGCCCCACCUCCACACCUCCCACGCCCCACGAGGAAGUCCAGAAAGCAGAAAGGAAUGGAGAUCCGACCAAGGAGGCCCUGGUGGAUCCAGCGCCCGUUGUUGCCAAAGCCUUCCAGACGCAGGCCUUACCCAAUGGCAAGACUCAGACCUCUGUGAAAACCAUGAGCAAGAGAAAGAUCUCCCAGCAGAAGGAGAAGAAGGCCACUCAGAUGUUAGCCAUCGUCCUCGGAGUAUUCAUCAUAUGCUGGCUGCCGUUUUUCAUUACGCAUAUCUUGAACACCCACUGCACAACUUGCAAGGUUCCCGCCGAAUUGUAUAAUGCUUUCACUUGGCUGGGCUACGUGAAUAGUGCCAUAAACCCCAUCAUUUACACCACCUUUAACGUCGAGUUCAGGAAGGCAUUCAUUAAGAUCUUGCACUGCUAAACUGCAACUUUGCUUUGUCAGAUCAGACUGAGGGGAAGAGCGUUAAAUAAAGAGGUCUGGAAAAUACCUCAUCCUGUUCAGGAAAACUCACCACAGGGGGGAAAACUACGUUAAUUGCUUUUUAAGAAGUGAUGGAGCUGAGUGACUGGGAAAAAACUGACAGUGUCUUUUAUUCAAAGGCAUGUUGGCUCUCUAUGUGAAUUGUUUGUGGAGUCCCGUUCUCCAAAAAUCACUGAAUGUAAAACAAAAAAUGUCUGUAACAAAUGAUCUGUUUCAUAGAGAAAAAUAAAAGAUGUAAAAAUCAUUGUAUUUGUCACAUAAGGAUCCAUCUGUGUAUACCACACACAUACAAGUUGCAAACUGCUAUUUAAUGUGUGUAUGUACUUUACAUUAUGAUGAUGGGAAUUUUUUUCUGCAAAUCUUAUAGAUAUCAAGUCAGUGUUCAUUGCAGUGUUAAAACUGAUUCGUGAGCUCUUAUUCUGAAAACCACUGAUAGGAAUGUGUGUUAAAGACAAGAGGCGAUGUACUUGCUGUAUAAUGUGGCUAUAUUAAUAUCCACACAUUGUGCAAUUUUAUGAAUUAAAAAAUUGCAUUAUUAUUAUUAUUAUUUGCUGUAUACAUCAUUUUUAUUGAAACAUUAACUGUGAUUAUAUGCCUGCGAUGGGAGAGUGAUGCAUGCUACACUGCUCCUCUACUUGACUUCUCAUGAAAUGUAUGUUUAACAUAAAGUUACAAAAGAUGUCCAAUAAAUGAAGUUAUGAGACACUGUAAAGUGCCACAUGGA